ACCCGUAACAAAUCAGGCAAAACAGCAGCAGAUAAGAUUUUCAACGAUUUUGCCCUGAAAUAUGGAUUCCCUGCUAAAAUUCAUCAUGAUCAAGGCAGAGAAUUUGAGAACCGUUUAUUCAGACAACUACAGAAAUACACGGGCAUUGCAAACUCUAAAACAACUCCUUACCACCCACAAGGGAACCCAGCUGAAAGAUUUAAUCGUACAUUGUUAUCUAUGCUGCGGACCUUGGAUGAGGAGAAAAAGGGAAAUUGGAGUGACUAUGUGAGCAAAGUUGUACACGCUUACAAUUGUACGACCAGUGAAGCAACAGGUUAUUCCCCUUUCUAUCUGCUGUUUGGUAGAAAGCCACGCUUGCCAAUUGAUGUAAUAUUUGGGAUAAAUGAGGAGGAAGGAUGUAACUCCUAUGAGGAAUAUGCAAAAAAAUGGCAGCAACAAAUGAAAGAAGCAUAUGACAUUGCAUCCAAAACUAUCAAAAAGACUACAGCAAGAGGAAAAACAUACUAUGAUCAAAAGAGACAAAGUGCAAUGCUUUCUCCAGGUGACAGAGUCCUUGUUAGAAACAUGUCGGAACGAGGAGGGCCUGGGAAAUUGCGCUCAUAUUGGGAAAAGCAAAUACAUAUUGUGGUUUCUCAAAAGGGCAGAGACAGCCCAGUUUAUGAAGUCAAGGCUGAAAAUGGCACAGGGAAUAGCAGAAUCCUCCAUCGUAACAUGUUAAUGCCCUGUGAUGCAUUACCACAGCAGGAACCAGCUAAAAAAACUGGAAAGAAUCUGCAUAUUCAAAAAGCAAAGAGACACAGGGAAAGUAAAACAAAAGAUACUUCAGAGGAUUUGGAGACUUCAAGUGAUGAUGAAUGCUACUGGGCUAAUAGACUGAGACACCAUCACCACAAGCCUGGAGAGCAAAAUGUUGCACCUCAAAAUGCUCCUGAAAUAAUUCAGCCGGAAGCUGAGGCUGAAACAGAGGAGGUCAGGGUUGAAACUCCUGCCCCCGUGCUAGUGGCCCAGGACACUACAGAAAGGGACAUAGGUAGUACCGAAGAGGUGUCACAUACAGUUUCAGCUGCAGACUGUCCUGUCAACCAGGAGUCAGAACUUACUGACAUGCAACCACGUCGUUCACAGAGAGAGAGACGACCCAGAGAAACACUGACGUAUGACUCGUUAGGUCAUCCAACGCAUCGUGUGGUGUAACAUUUGA